CUCCUCACCCCUCCCCUCUGGGUUUUACGCACUACCUCCCAGAUCCACGCCGGACCGAUGCAACAACAACAACAACAGAGCUCCACCAGAAUUUGCAGACCAGAUGAAGGUUUUGACCCCCAAGAUUCACUAAAGCAACACACUGGAGUUCUGAACCCACACUGUUGAAACUUACACACUCACAGUUGAAAUGGCUCAAGAUGGACCAAAUCAGGAGAAAGAAAAGCUCUCCUGUUCCAUCUGUCUGGAUCUCCUGAAGAAUCCGGUGACUAUUCCCUGUGGACACAGCUACUGUAUGAACUGCAUUAAAGACUACUGGGAUGAAAGGGAUCAGAGGAGAAGCCACAGCUGUCCUCAGUGCAGGAGAACUUUCAGACGAAGACCUGUUCUCAAGAAAAACAUAACAUUAGCUGCUUUAGUGGAGGAUCAGAAGAAAACUGGACCCCAAGCUGCUCCUGCUGAUCUCUGCUAUGCUGGACCUGAAGAUGUGGCCUGUGAUGUCUGCAAGGGGAGGAAGAAGAAAGCUGUCAAGUCCUGUUUGUUCUGCCCUGCUUCCUACUGCAGGGAUCACCUCCAGCCUCACUAUGAUGCUCCACCAUUAAAGAGGCACAAACUGGUGGAUCCAUGCAAGAACCUCCAGGAGAACAUCUGCUCUCGUCAUGAUGAGGUGAUGAAGAUCUUCUGUCGUACUGAUCAGCAGUGUAUCUGUUAUCUCUGCACUAUGGAUGAACAUAAAGACCACGAAACAGUCCCAGCUGCAGCAGAAAGGGCUGAGAAGCAGAAGGAGCUCCAGGUGAGACGACAACAAAUCCAGCAGAGAAUCCAGGACCAAGAGAAAGAUGUGAAGCUGCUUCAACAGGAGGUGGAGGCCAUCAAUGUCUCUGCUGAUAAAACAGUGGAGGACAAUGAGAAGAUCUUCACUGAGAUGAUCCGUCUCAUCCAGAAAAGAAGAUAUGAUGUGAAGCAGCAGAUCAGAUCCCAGCAGGAAACUGAAGUGAGUCGAGUCAAAGAGCUUCAGGAGAAGCUGGAGCAGGAGAUCACUGAGCUGAAGAGGAAAGACGCUGAGCUGAAGCAGCUCUCAGACACAGAGGAUCACAGCCAGUUUCUCCUCAACUACCCCUCACUGUCAGCACUCAGUGAGUCUACACACUCAUCCAGCAUCAAUAUUCGUCCUCUGAGAUACUUUGAGGAUGUGACAGCAGCUGUGUCAGAGCUCAGGGAGAAACUAAAGGACAUCCUGAGAGAGACGGGGAAAAACAUCCCUGUGAAAGUCACCGAAGUGGAGGUUUCACUAUCAGAACCAGAACUGGAACCAAAGACCAGGGCUGAAUUCUUGAAUCAUUCGCAAACAAUCACUCUGGAUCUGAACUCAUUAAGCAGCCUUUUAUUAUCUGCGGGGAACAGAAAAGUGAUUUCAAUCGAUGAACGGCAGUCUUAUCCCGACCAUCCAGAACGAUACACCCACUGGCCUCAGGUCCUGAGCAGAGAGAGUCUGACUGGACGCUGUUACUGGGAGGUCGAGUGGAAAGGAGAGGGAGCCAGUGUGGCAGUUUCAUACAAGAAUACCAGCAGAAAAGGCUUUUUAGAUGAAGUUGGAUUUGGAAUGAAUGAAAAAUCAUGGUCGUUUUGGUGUGAUGCACAGGGUUACGUUAUUUCUCACUCUGAAGUUAAAACUCCAGUAUCAGGUCCAGUUUCCUCCAUAGUAGGAGUGUACCUGGAUCACGGAGCAGGUAUUCUGUCUUUCUAUAAAGUGUCUGACACCAUGACUCUUCUCCACAGAGUCCAGACCACAUUCACUCAGCCUCUGUAUGCUGGACUUGGGGUUUUAACAGAGGGAUCCUCUGCUGAGUUUGUUAAACUAAAAUAGUCAGAACUGAUCUGAGGUCCGGUGGUUCAAAUUUGUAUUUUAGUUUCAGUUUGGUGUUGCUGAGAGCUCAUUGCUGUCAUUUAUUUACUGCUCAGAGAUCAGCUGUCUUUAUGGAGCUGCUUUUUCCAUCAAGUUUAUUUUGUUGAGGAUGGAAUUUGGUUGGGUGCUGCCCCCACCUGUUUCUGUUCAGCCAUGGAGGCUAUCACUGCUCAGGAAGAUUUUUUCCUCUCCAUCUAAACUAAUUAGAUUUACAUUUAUUGCCUUGUCAGAGCAAUGUUGUGAAAGGCUAUGUUCAUAUGAGCUGAUGGAAAGUGUUGAUCGUUAUCAAUCAGGACAACGGUCGUUAUUUUUUGGGACAAAGGGCAGUUAGUUGAGGAACUGAACUGAUUUUGUUUCGCUGAAUUUGUGCAGGAAACCACCAAACAGUCACUUUAGGAUAUUUGAUUGAUUCCACGUUUUAAGGCUGUUGAUUAUAAACACAAAUAAAGCGCACAUUUUUUGUGA